AUGCGCUCCAUUCUCAUCAUCAACCCGAACUCGACGGUGUCGAUGACCGACGGCUUGAGACCGCUGGUCGAUGCGCUGCAGUUCAAAGAUACAACACAUGACUACUUCACCGCACCGGAUGGCGUCAAGAGCAUCAAUGACGAAGACGAUGCGCGCGAGUCAGUCAAGCACUGCCUACCCACCCUGCGACCGCUGCUCGACCGCUACGAUGCCUUCCUCGUCGCAUGCUACUCGCAGCACCCUCUCGUACCUCUGCUGAAAGAAGAGCCCGCAGUAAAGGCUACGCGCAAGCCCGUCACUGGCAUCUUCGAGGCAAGCGUGGGCACCAGUAUGCAGUCGAUACAUCCAGAGGAGAAAUUUGGCAUCGUGAGCACAGGCAAGGUCUGGGAGGAUAUCCUCACAGAGGCCACAGUGCAGUUCUUGGGCACGAGCUCUGAUGCAGGGAAGCGGUUCGCCGGCGUUGAGACUACGGGUCUUAAUGCAACGGACUUGCACGAUGCACCGGCUGAGGAGGUCAGGCAGAAGAUGAAGGAUGCUGUUAAGCGGCUACUAAGGAGGGGCAAGGUGGGUGCGAUAUGUCUCGGCUGUGCGGGCAUGGCUGGUAUGGACCAGAUGGUUAGGGAGGCGUGCAUUGAGGAGUUGGGACAGGAAGAUGGACAGAGAGUGAGAAUUGUGGAUGGCGUGAUGGCGGGUGUUGCGUGGUUAGAGGGUGCUGUGCGCGCCGGGUUCUAG